AUGUCAUCGUCUAUCAUAAAGGAGGCUCUGAAAAGACUCCUUCAAAACGAUAAAUUGUACCAGCAACACAGGUUCUGCGUCUCUAUUGAUGGCCUCGACGAGUUCGAGCCUGGUAUUCAAGAUGGAUUGGACUACAUUGACUUGGUCGGUGUCCUUCGACAAUGGACGGUCCAUGCCGAUAAGAAUUUAAAGCUCUGUCUUUCAAGCCGAGAGGAAGGUAUUUUCAUGGGUGAGUACGAAAAGGACCCCGGCUUUUGA